GGUUUGGCUUCAAACCUGCUGAGAGCAGGAAGAGAAACUAUUCAAACACAUGCUGUUGCUGAGAGGAGAAAAUGGCAAAGAGAGGAGCUCAGCUGGACUCAGAAAAGUUAUCUUGCUCCAUCUGUCUGGAUCUCCUGAAGGAUCCAGUGGCGGUUCCCUGUGGACACAGCUACUGCAGCAGCUGUAUUCAAGAACACUGGGAUGAACAGGACAACAGGGGAUUCUACAGCUGUCCUCAGUGCAGGAAGAGGUUCAGACAGAGACCUGACCUGAAGAAAAACAUCCUGAUAGCAGAGUUAGUGGAGGAUCUGAAGAAGACUGGACUCCAAGCUGCUGCAGCUGAUCUCUGCUCUGCUGGACCUGAAGAUGUGUCCUGUGAUGUUUGCUCUGGGAGGAAGCUGAAAGCCGUCAAGUCCUGUCUGGUCUGUUUGGUCUCUUACUGUGAAGAACACCUCCAACCUCACUAUCGAUCUCCUGCUUUUAAGAAACACCAGCUGGUGGAGCCCUCCAAGAAGCUCCAGGAGAAGAUCUGCUCUCUUCACAAUGAGGUGAUGAAGAUUUUCUGUUUCACUGAUCAGCAGAGUAUCUGUUACCUCUGCACCAUGGACCAACACAGAGGCCAUGAAACAGUCCCAGCUGCAGCAGAGAGGAGGCAGAAGCAGAAGGAGCUGGAGGAGAGUCGACUGAACAUCCAUGAAAGAAUCCAGGAUCGAGCAAAAGCUGUGAAGCUACUGCAGCAGCGGAUGGAUGCCAUCAAUGUCUCUGCUGAUGAAGCAGUGAAGAACAGCGAGGAGAGCUUCGCCCAGAUGAUCUGUCUCAUCCAGAGGAGGAGUGAUGAGGUGACGCAGCUGCUCAGAUCCCAGCAGCAAACUGCAGUGAGUGAACUCAAAGAGCUUCAGAAGAAGCUGCAGCAGGAGAUCAGUGAGCUGAAGAGGAAAGACGUCCAGCUGGAGCAGCUGGCUCACACAGAGGACCACACCCAGUUUCUGAUCAGCUACCCCUCAGUGUCAGCACUCAGUGAGCCCACACACUCCUCCAGCAUCCAGACUGCUCCUCUCAGAUACUUUGAGGAUGUGGCAGCAGCUGUGUCAGAGAGCAGAGACAAACUGGAGGACAUCCUGAGAGACACAAGGACAAACAUCUCACUGAGAGCCACUGAAGAGGAGCUUUUACUGUUACAGCCAGAGACCAGAGCAGACUUCUUACAAUAUGCAAAGCAGAUCACUCUGGAUACAAACUCUGCAAAUAGAGAGCUGCUGUUAUCUAACAGGAACAGAAAAGUAACUUUAACCUGGCAAAAACAACCUUAUCCUGAUCAUCCAGACCGAUUCACUUUCUGGUUUCAGGUUCUCAGCAGAGAUAGUCUGACUGGACGUUGUUACUGGGAGGUGGACUUGAGAGCAAGAGAAGGAGUUUAUGUAGCACUCUCAUACAAGAACAUCAGCAGAGCAGGGAACUACAGUGAGUGUGGAUUUGGAUUUAAUGACAAAUCUUGGGCUUUAUGUUGUUGUUCUGACAAACUGACAUUUUGGCACAACAGCAUUGAAACUCCCGUCUCAGGUCCUCGGUCCUCCAGAGUGGGAGUGUACCUGGAUCACACAGCAGGUAUUCUGUCUUUUUACAGCAUCUCUGGAACCAUGACUCUCCUCCACAGAGUCCAGACCACCUUCACUCAGCCGCUACACGCUGGAGUUUGGCUUUACCCUGAUGAAGGAGACUCUACAGAGUUCCUGGAACCUCAGUAGAGGACUCCAUCAGAUCUCCU